AUGUCCACUCCGGCUCCUAUCAGCAAUGGCUCGACGAAUCCUCGUAAGCCCCUCGACAGCCAGGCAAACACGGGCAGUGAUAUGUCCAUGAUGUUUUCCAUCCAAACAGACUGCCCUUCCAGGUUUGCCUAUCAACAUCAACAUCGCAUCAAGGGGCUCAACGCAGAGACACUCGCGAGAGUCUUCCUGCCAGCCCCGUCCUGGAUUCUGGCGCCGGAAUAUGCCCGCCUUAGAUCCGACCCGGAAAACCCCUCCGCCUGCAUCUUCUUCAGCCUCAAUCUUUCCCUCUAUAACCAACAAAUCGUUCCCGCAGAAUGGGCUGAGCAAUGGUUCUUCGUGAGUGGACGCGUUCACCCGUACGCGCUGACCUGGGAAAUUGAGCAACAAGAUGGUCUGGAAGCGAACACUGGUGCCAUCGCACCAUACACCAUCCCGGCCCUGAUUGUCCGUGAUCAGGGUUACCAACCUAUUCUCCCUCGUAGCUUGAACUCGGUGGACCACUUCCCCGCCAUGCCGCCCGUUGUUGCGUUCACCGGCCCUGUUCUAGGUUCCGGCCACACACUGCUCCGAAACGAACAUAUUCUAGGACUCAACGACAUCCAAUUGAAAUGCUGCGGCUUCGUCCAACUUUCUACGUUCAUUGCCCCUGGAAACCCUGACAAGACGCCCUGGAAAGGCUUCCAUCCAUUCCAGGUCUUUGUCAUUUUCCCCAUCCACGCCAACCCUUGGGCAUCUCUGUGCAAGAAGAUGGUCGAGAAACAGGACACCCACUUCCAGUCUAACACUCUGUUCACCUGCACGGCCAAAAUCGCCGGCCUGCUCGACCACAAUAUCAUGUUGCACCCGCCGGGCUUUGACCGAGACUACGUUUUCAUCGUAGUACCAGAUACCUGGACCUUUCUGGACCGGGCAACAUCCAAAUCGGCUUCCGCAACCCUGUCACUUUCUAUUCCACCAAAACAACCGUCCUCCGGCCCUAUGGCCUUUGGCGAUGCCAAAGCUAUGUUUGCCUCACCACCAAAACCAACAAUUUACCAAUCUGCUCCUCUCCCGUCCACUCCUCCCAGAUUAGCUUUGGUCGAACCAAGUACGCCACUAGCCAAGCGGAAAAACUCUGACUACGAAAAGACGCCUACGAAGACACGACGCCUGUCCCCAGCGUCGUCUGGCACCAUUCCAUCUUCUCAGACCAACGACCCCACUAGAUCCCUCAUGGCUUCGGCCUCCUCACAAGAUGAACUUGUUGAAUCGGAGACAGGCAUUCCAAUUACCUGUCGUCCAGAUGCGCCCACAUCCGAUUCGAUCACAGCUCUCCUUUCAGACUCGCCCCGACCGUAUCGCAACCGUCAUCCCCCAAAGAAAUAUCUGGAAGUUGAAUAG